CAGAUUUGCACACGUGCAUGUUUAUAUUAAAUAUACACACAUACUUAUUUACAUUUAAGGUAUAUUUUCUUGUCAAGCAUGUAUGUACUCAUAUCAUCAUCAAUGAUGCUUAUCUCGCUAAUUUUGUUCAACACUCAAUAUCUGCCAUUCACCAGACGAAACUGGCUUAAACAUGAACAUCACUUCAAUAAUCUCAUCCCUUACCAAGUUUGAGUAAACCUUCAUUCAGUUCAUCAGAAAUCUUUAAGUAUGACCGUAGACUUGUAUGGAAAGAUUGGCCCUGCUGGGUGUCGAAGCGUCCUCUUAACGGCAAAAGCAAUUGGGGUGAAGCUAAACAUGAUCACAACCAUUCCGCUUACCGAUGACGUCAGGAACCCCGAGUUUCUAAAGAUGAACCCUCAGAAAACUAUCCCUGUUUUGAACGAUAAUGGGCUGUAUAUCAACGAAAGCCGUGCCAUAAUGCAAUACCUUUGUAACAAGUAUUCUCCUAGUGAUGAUCAGUACUAUCCAAAACUUCCGGAAAAACGGGCAAUUGUCGAUGCUCGACUUAAUUUUGAAUUGGGAACGUUGCAGCAACGUUUUGAACAGGCUUAUUUUCCAGUACUAUUUUUCGGUGCGUCCACUUUUCCUCCGGACAAGAUGAAGAAAUUGGAGGAAGCCUUAGGCUACUUGGAAAUUUAUUUGGAAAAUGGAUACGUAGCUGGAAACUUUCUGAGCAUUGCAGAUUUUUCUGUAGUCGCUACGGUCUCUACAAUUUUGGCUGCUGGACAAAAGAUUCACCAGUUUCCGAAAGUGGUUGACUACUUAAACAGGUGCAGAAUACAAAUAGUUGGAUAUGAGGAAAUCAACCAGAAGGGAAUAGAUGAUUUUCUAGCCCGUUUUAAAACCAAAUUAGACACGGCGUGGUCUAACUGGGACAUGAACUCACCAACGGGGAUUUCUCGUAAAAUGACCCUUGACCUUUACGGCACAUUGGCAAGUGCGCCAUGCAGAAGCGUCCUGUUGACCGCGAAGGCUAUCGGAGUCACUCUGAACAUCGUGGAGACGGUCCCGCUAUCAGAAGCUAUAAAAUCCCCAGAAUUUAUUAAAAAAAACCCCCAAAGCACAAUUCCAACGCUGGACGAUAAUGGGCUCUAUCUAAAUGAGAGUCGUGCCAUUAUGCAGUAUUUGUGCAAUCAAUAUUCGCACAAAACUGAUAAAUACUACCCGAAAACGCCAAAAGUACGGGCAUUGAUUGAUUGCCGACUCAAUUUUGACAUGGGAGCACUUUACUCUAGAUUUUUGGAGGCAUAUUUCCCUGUAAUUUUCUUUGGUCAGAAAUUCAGUCCAGAAAAAAUUAAAAGGGUGGACCAAGCUUUGGAAUAUUUAGAAGUUUACGUUUCUUCCUCUGGAUUCGUGGCUGGAAAUGAAUUGACAAUUGCGGAUUUUGCUGUGGUUUCAUCACUUUCAACAAUGGAAGGAUUUGGUCACGAUUUUGUAAAAUUUCCAAAAGUGCGAGAAUAUUUGGAAAAGUGUAAGAGAGAUGUUCCAGGUUACAUGGAAAUUAAUCAGAAAGGUGUUGACAUAUUCGUAUCACGGUUUGGGGCCAAGGUGAAAGAAGCCAGACAAGAUUCAUAA